AUGGUUCAAACUCAAUACGUCGAGCGCGUUAUCCCGCAAAUCUCACUCGGCGACUUCGAGAAACGCAUCAAUAAAAUCACGGCGGAGUUGAUUGACGCGGCUCAAAAUGUGGGAUUCUUCACAUUGGUCGAUCAUGGAAUUUCCAAGGAGGAUAUUGAAGCUAUGUUCAUGACGUCAAAGACCUUCUUCGACCUCCCGGACGACGCCAAAGCGACCGUGCCAUGGAAUGCCGACAACGUCGGCUGGGAGAAGGACUCACAAAUCCGACCAUCCACCGGCAAGCCAGACAGCAAAGAGUCCUAUCAGCUUCAAUUCGGAGACAACAUGAAGGGGCUAUGGGUUGCCGACGAGCAUCUCCCGGGGUUCGAAACCACUUCCCUAGCAUUUAUGCAUCGCGUGCAACAGAUAUCUGAAUGUCUAAUGAGGUGUUUCGCUCGGGGCCUGGGAUUUCCUGACGACUUUUUCAUCAAGUGUCAUGAUGUAUCGCGGUCGGAUUCUCAAACCACAAUGCGGCUACUUCAUUACUUUGCUCUGCCGGAGGAAGCCGACGGGAAGGAGUAUCAUCGCGCAGGGGCACAUGCGGAUUGGGAUUUUCUGACUCUACUGUUUCAGAAAGAAGGGCAGAGUGGGCUGGAGAUUUGUCCCGGUCGGGAAUCCGUUACCGAGUUCGGCAUUGGGGACAAGUGGACCAAGGUGGAGGCGAAGACUGGGGAAAUCGUUUGUAAUAUCGGGGACUUGCUCAUGUCGUGGUCGGACGAUCGGUUCAAGUCGACUUUCCACCGGGUUAAGGCGCCGUGUGAGCCUGGGGAUUAUUUGGGGGACCGAUACAGCAUCGCGUAUUUCAAUCAGCCCUGCAAGGAUACGUUGAUUCAGGGACCGUUGAAAAAGUACCCGAUAGUGACCGGGGCUCAGUUUACCGAGAGCGCGAUGAAAAGGAAUUUUGCUGCGUUGCAAGAGAAGUUGAAGAUGGUCGCGGCGGCAUAA